AAGAAAGGUGCAUUUGUUUUGUGUUUUUAACAACAUUAUUGUAAAUUUUUUGGAAUUAAAAUAACAUAAUGAGAACCGACCAAGUUGGAGCGGCAGAAUUGCAACAAGUCACUGCUAAAUGCCGGACGGGGAGGAAACGGCGCCGGCGAAAUGUGAAUAUUUCUGAAGUGUGUUCUGAUUUCUCCCAGAACACUUCUCUCCAUGGCCUCAAGUACAUCAAUGAGAAAGGUCUAAGCAUCGUUGAGAGAAUAUUCUGGUUGGUGACGAUCGCGGUGAGCGUGGCGUGCUGCUCGUACCUGAUCCGGAACGUGUUCGCCAAGUGGUGGGACAGCCCCGUCAUCGUGGCCUUCAACAAGGAGAUGGUGCACGUGGGCUCGGUACCAUUCCCAUCGAUAACUAUUUGCCCGAACUGGUCAAUAUUGAAAGAGCAGUAUAAUUAUACUGACGUAGCUAUGAAGUUGACUAACCCAUACAGUAAAUCAAAUAUAAGCACAGCAGAAAGAGAAGAAUUUGAAGAUAUAUCCAUGAUAUGUGAUACAACGUAUUUUAUGCUAGAUUUUAGCGUCCGCAAGGGCAAUGCUACUGUGGUUCAUAAUAUUAUCAAAUAUUCUCCUAAGCUAUGGGGCACAGUAUUCGAACAGGAGUCCACCCUGCAAGGCUCCGGGAACUACGGGUUUGAGGAAGUGCUGACUGAAGAAGGCGUCUGCUUCACGUUCAAUACACUGUCGCAAGAUGAAAUAUUGAAAAACACAAGUAUACAAACACAGUACAAUUACCUGAACUCCACUGAGCACAGCCGCGGCUGGACUAUGGAGGAGGGGUACGAGGGGGGGCUGUUCUUCAACGAGACCUACCCACAGCGCGCCGCGAUCUUCCUGCACAACCCGGCGGACCUGCCUCACUCGUCCGUUCACUCGUACGCCGCACUGCCCCGCCAGCUGUCCAGCCUGGCGCUCACCUUCCACUCGCUCUCCACGUCCCACAACCUCCGGAAGUACCACCCUGAAGUGCGUCAGUGCUACUUCCAAAACGAGCGAUUUUUGAGGUACUUCCACAUUUACACACAAAACAACUGCAUGCUGGAGUGUCGCGCCAACUACACCUUCCACCGCUGCGGGUGUGUGCCGUUCUACCUGCCGUAUAAAAACAGCGACAGCAUAUGUACUGCGUCAGAUUCAUUUUGCAUCACCGAAGCAAUACAGCACCUGGGAGAGAGAGAGAUGCGAGCUAGCCUCGGCCUCGAGAGCGAGGCGUGCCGCUGCCUGCCCGCCUGCAACAGCGUCACCUACGAGGCGGAAAUACUCAAGACUGAGUACAACAUCAAGAACUACGUUAAAAACUAUGACAGACUACACAAUGAGUCAUUCAGCGAGGAAUAUGAUAGCUUAGAGUUCUCAGCCAUAGAGGUGUACUACAAGCAGGAGCGGUUCCCGUCGAUCCGGCGCUCGGAGCUGUUCGGCGUGACGGACGUGGUGGCCAACUGCGGCGGGCUGCUCGGCCUCUUCCUCGGCUUCUCCUUCCUCAGCAUCGUGGAGAUCGUUUACUUCACCACUUUGAGGUGA